UUUUUUUUUUUUUCUUGAAAAAAAAAAAAAGCUAUUUUUUCUCUUUUUAGUUAUGGAUUCAUCUGAACAAGCAUCAGCAUCAUCUUCGCAUUCUUCUACUACAACAGAUUUACCUAUAAUCACUUCUUUAAAGCCAAACGAAUAUAUCAAAGGAUUGAAUGAAGAGCAUAUUACCCGAUUAACAAAAGAUGCAUUUAAACAUUUUGUAGAUUAUACCAAAGCCGAGCUGCAAUUGACAGUGGAUGAUUGUCAAUUAUUGGAGACUAUGAAUAAAGCAACAACAGAAAAAUAUGUUCAAAUGAAUCAAAUGAGUCAACGAUUGAUGAAAGAAAUGUCAAAACUACAAAACACUUAUGCUGAUUUUUCUGAUUUUAUUCAACAGAUUGAAGACAUUCAUGAACAAUCGAUACAAAUGGAAAAGACAGCAAAAGCAUUAGAUGAAUAUUCCAAAUAUUUAGAAAAUAAACUGUUGACAGCUAUUAACAAACAAGGUCUCGAAUAAUGACUCAUGAAGACAAUUUAUGUGACUUCAAGAAAGUAACUAUGAUUUGGAUUGAAUACAAUCUCCUAUCCAAAUUAGCCAGACCCUUUUUUUUUGAUAUGUUCAUUUAUUUUAAUUUUUUUUUUUUAAUUUUUUU